AUGAACAGACUGUAUAUAGCACUUCUUAUUACAGUUUUGUGCAUCUUUGCAAGUAUACUUGCAGUAAUUUCAAAUGAGAGUUGGAUUGUUGACUCAGGUUUAUUCACUUUAGUACAAAAACCAAUAAUUAUUUCUCAAUUAGUAGCUUUUUCAUUCAUGGCGACAGCAAUAUUGAUUACAUUAUACAUUUUUACGGAAUCUACACUCGUUUAUUAUAUGCACAUUAGUGUAUCUGUUUUCGCUCUAUUAAUAGAAGCAUAUUACGGAUUUAUUUGGGCUUUAACUCCACUUUUCUUUUUUGAUGGUAUUAGAACACAUUGGAGAGAUAAUUAUAAUACAGAUGCCGUGGCAAACGUUCAGUCAAAGCUUAAAUGUUGCGGAUUUAUGGAAGUUGGUGAAUAUACUGAUGAUAACUGCACAGAAUCAAAGAAGAAUCCAUGCUACAGUGCUCUAACUGGAGCUUUCAUGUCUAAUGUUAGUAGCUCAGGAGCUUUCCUUUUGGCAUUUCUUAUUUCAAUGGGUGUUAUAGAUAUGAUAUUCAUCUCUUCUGUUAAAGGAAAUGGUGAUCACGAGAACAGACUCUUACUAACAGGCGAUUAA